AUGGAUGCGCUGAAAGAUAUCCCAGAGUUUUUCGAAACUCGACUAGACGAAUCUCUGGAGGCACGAAGAGAGGGAUUGGCCACUUUCCGGGAACUCGGCCCACCAGACUUAUGUCACAUUACAAAAGCUAAUGCGAAACCAGGUGUUAAGGAGGUCGGCUCUUAUCAUUAUGUAUCUGGUGUCGAUGCGUCAUCGUCGGCUACGUUGGCAGCGUACCUUAAUUCGCUAACAUACGCAUUGGAAGAAGCGCAUGCGUGGUUCUCAAAAUCAUCCGCAUGGCGUAUUCGUUCGGGCGUGUAUUGCUGUUUUAAUGCAUUUUCGCGAGUGGACGUACGUGUCGAAGUCAAAAUUCCUGGAGGGGUAGAGAGCUACGUAAUUGAUUUGCGCGGUGAAAGACGCGAAGCUACACCUGAGAUUUGGCAAGAGACGUACAUUUCUGCGAUUCUUCGCGCUAUAUUAUAUUCAGAUGAUGCCAAUUAUCGCUUGUAUGGGAUUCGUAAAUUGGAUCCUAUUCCGAACCUGGAAGCCGAGGCACAUUUCUUGGAAGCUGCUGAACAGCUGUUUUUCAAAGGAUGGCAACUUGGGUCCGAUCCCGAAAUCCAAGUAGCUACCGUUGUCAACAAUCAUUUGACAGCGGGGAUCAUAAAGUAUUUCAGCGAGAGCUUUAGAUACGAGAGAGCUGAACCGGAAGUAGCGGCAUUAUUGGCAAAGGCUUACAUUGGCAUGGACGAAGAGAUCAAGGCCGUAAACGUUCUGUACGACGCUCUUAAACAAAAUUCAUUAAGCUAUGCUUUACUUCACGUACAAACGGAUUUUCUUCUAAGUAAGGGGGCGCUCGACUAUGCAUUAAAGCUAGCGAAACAGGCGGUAAACUGCGCACCAUCCGAGUUUGUGACCUGGGCCAAGCUGACAGAAGUCUACAUUGAGUUGGGUGACUAUGAGUCUGCUUUAUUGUCAUUGAAUUCAUGUCCAAUGUUUACUUACAACGAAAGAGACAUGCAUCGUAUGCCAACUCCCGCGAGGUCUCAUUUACCCGUCAGAGCUGACAUAGCAAACUCAGGGAUCUUGGGCGACGAAAAUAUCUAUGAUAGUGAGCUUGAUGAAAAGCCCAUAUUGCUGCCAGCGUCAAAUUUGCGGGGAACUUUUGCAAAGGCUUAUUUGCUUCUGACACGUCUCGUUCAUAAAGUUGGCUGGGACGCAUUAUUAAAAUGCCGAUCAUCUGUAUUUGUUAUGGAGGAAGAAUAUCGACUGCAGAAGGCUGCUGAGGAAGAGCGUCAAAAACGAGUUCAUAAGAGCAUAAGCCAAGCUGCGUUACAAGAAACUGUUAAUGGAAACGCCGAUCAUGAAAAGAGCGACGAGAAAACAUCGGUUGUACCAAAAAUUACUGUUUCGACUGCAAAUGAAAACGUAAACAAUGAUACUGCUGAAAAUGAAGGCAACGAGAAUAAGUCAGGAGCUAAUAAAGAAACACCAGUUCAGACUGUUACUAAAGCAGCGACUCGACCAGAAGAAACUGUAGGAAAAACUGAUGAAGAAGCUGAUGAACAAUCUGGUGACUCGGACAAAUUGGAAGAUAUCAAUCUUAGUAAUAAUGCGAGCACUAGUAACGUCCCGGAAUUUAAACCCGAAAAACAUGAAUUCAGGACGCCGGAACUCGUGAAGCCAAGACAGGCGGCAAACGAAGAUACAUCUGAUGCACAAAGUACAUAUGAUGAAUCAAAGGAUUUGAGGGUAUACACUGGGCGGCGUUCAGAACUUUCACAUUACGAGGCUCACCAAUUAACCUACCGUAAAAGCAGUGCAGAAUGGGAGAUGUAUGGUGACUUGGCUGCCCGUUUAUAUCACGAGGAGGAAUCGAUAGACGCAUAUCAAAGCUGCCUAGAUCAGAAGUUCUCUCCUAAAGCAUGUCUAAAACUCUUGGAGCAUUAUGCAGAGAAGGGUGAUGUACAAAAGGCACUGGCGGCAGCUGUUAAAUUGACGGUUUACCAAGAGCGUUGGUACCAUGAAAUUAUCUAUCCUACGGCUAUUUCGUGUAAUUUAAACAAGCUCAUUCGCACGGAGGGACUCGCAAUAAUGAUUAAUACUCUCUUGGCGAUGAAUUUGCCCGAAACUGUGCUGAAGCUGGUAGUACGUUACUUUACCUUUGCAGAAAAUUUCAAAAUACAAGGAUACGACUUUUAA